AUGGAGUUUUCUCGCGAAGAACACAGAUAUACUCCGGUGGAGACUCUCCGUUCGACGCAAAACGCCGUCAUGCUGAAAGUGACGUAUUCAUCAAUGGCGUCGCCUAAAUCGGAGGUUCCGCUUCAGGUUUUGGUCGUUAACACGCACAAAUUCGACUGCGUUUAUGAGCUUAUGAAAGAAUAUGCGCUGGCGAGGCGCUGCGUCCACAAGAAUCUAGUGGCGCCGCACGUUUCCUUCACUGCGGCGGGGGUCGACAGACCCGGCAACCUCUGGGUAGUCAUGCCUUUGGUGUCGAGAGUUUCGCUGAGGUCCAUGAUGAUGAUGUCGUCGGAAUUUAGGAACGGGUUGCCGGAGCCGGUGGUCGCCUUUGUUCUCCGGGAAAUCUUGGAGGGUUUGGAUUGCAUCCACCGCGUCGGCGGCGGCGGCAACGUGCAUGGGAAUGUCUGCGCCGGUUGCAUAUACAUGGACGAGGAGACGACGACGGUGAAGUUGGCGUUCCGUUCGUUGACGUGCGAGGAGGUAACGGGGCCGUGGCGGGAGUGCAAGACGGAGCCGGGGAAUAGCCUGCCGCCGUACGCGACGGCGGCCGACAUCUGGUCGUUUGGAUUGCUAAUCUUGGAGCUUCUUUUCGGGGAGAUUCCUGUUGAAACUCACAACGGACUGCAGGAAUUCAUCAACAACGACGUCAUUAUUGUUCCCAAAUCAUCAGGAAAAUAUGUUUACAGAAUGAAGCCACUUUGUGGUCGGAAUCCGGGCGGCAGCGGCGGCGGCGGCGACGCUGAGAGGCUUUCCGGUCCACUUGGAGAAAUAAUCAAGGAAUGUCUUCGUAAAGAUCCAAAGAAGAGACCAACUGCACAACAAUUACUGGAACAUGACUACUUUAAGCUCUCUAAAGGAAAAGGAAAAGAUGUUAAGAAGGUUUUGGUACGGUUGCAAAAGCAUACAGUUAGUUAG